GCGCGGCGCCGCUAGUGGACUGGCGGGCCAGGCCGGGACACGCUGCGCGGCGGGGCAGCCCAGGGGCCGAGCGAGCAUGCGGGGAGACCAGGCGGCUAGAUGGCCGGCGCUGUCGUCGCCGCCGCCGCCGUUACUACUGCUGCUGCUGCUGGUGCUGUCCAGAGCCACGGCGCUCCAUCCAGGCGAGCUCUUCCCCUACGGGCAGUCGCGAGGGGACCAGCUGCUGCAGGAAGGCGACGACGAAAGCUCAGCCGCGGUGAAGCUGGCGAGUCCCCUGCGCUUUUACGAAGCCCAGUUCAGCUACCUCUACGUGGGCACCAAUGGCAUCAUCUCCACCCAGGACUUCCCCAGGGAGACCCAGUAUGUGGACGAUGGUUUCCCCACGGACUUCCCGGCCAUUGCUCCCUUUCUAGCCGACAUCGACACCAGCCAGGGCAGGGGCCGGGUCCUGUACCGCGAGGACACGUCUCGGGAGGUGCUGGGCCUGGCGGCCCGCUACAUGCGCGCAGGCUUUCCGCACACGGCAGCGCACUUCACCCCUACCCACGCCUUCGUGGCCACGUGGGAACAGGUGGGCGCAUACCAGGAGGCCACGCGUGGAACGCGGCCCUUGGGAGAGCUGAAUACUUUUCAGGCAGUUUUGGCAUCUGAUGAAUCUGAUACCUACGCCCUCUUUCUUUAUCCUGCUAAUGGUCUUCAGUUCUUUGGAACCCGCCCCAAAGAAUCCUACAAUGUCCAGCUAGAGCUUCCUGCCCGGGUAGGCUUCUGCCGAGGGGAGGCCGAUGACCUGAGGAGAGAGGGACCGUAUUUCAGCUUGACUAGCACUGAGCAGUCUGUGAAAAAUCUCUACCAACACAGCAACCUGGGGAUUCCUGGAGUGUGGGCUUUUCACAUUGGCAGCUCCACCCCAUUGGACAAUGUCAGGCCAGCAACAGUCAGAGGAGACCUUUCCACAGCCCGUGCUUCAGCUCCCCUGCACUCCUUCAGCCCUGCUGCAGCGCUGGAAAGCCAUGACACUGAGGACAAUUUGGAUUAUUACGAUGACAAUGAGGAGGAAGUUGAAUACCCACCAAGUGAACCAGAGGAGGUGUUGAAUGGCCACGGGCGUAUCAGUGUUUCCUCCCACUCAAAAGCUGACUCAAGGCCUUUAGGAGUUGGCUUCUCUCCUUCAGAUUCCAACCUGGCCUCCCCUUUGCCACAUCUAACACGUAGCAAUAGGCCAUUCUACUCUGAAACAGAAUCUGCCACCUUGGACCCUCAAACCAAAGAGGGGAGGCCUGUGGGGGAGACAGAUACCCCAGAUGUAAGAGGCCAAGUGGAGUCUUUUGAACAGCCAGGGGCCAGAGGCCUGGCUCUAUCAAAGACAGAGAGAGAUUCACUGGAUCUGUCCCAGAAAACCCCACCUCCCCACCCAGAAAAUAGAAGCAUCCGGCCCUACCCAAAUGGAGGGACACUGCCUUCAGAAAGGGAUGUUCCUCCAGCCCAUUCCGAAGGAGAGGUGGUUCUGCACAAUUACCCUGCGCCAGGUCACACUCCGCCACUGGGUCAUGGGAGACACGUGGUCGGGGUGGAAGACGAUAUCCGUUCCAACACCGAGGUCUUUAUGUAUAAUGCUUCCAACAAGGAGACCUGUGAGCACAAUCACAGACAGUGCUCCCGGCACGCCUUCUGCACUGACUACGCCACCGGCUUUUGCUGCCACUGCCAGUCCAGGUUUUAUGGAAAUGGGAAGCAUUGUCUGCCUGCAGGGGCACCUCAUCGAAUCAAUGGGAAAGUAAGUGGCCACCUCCAUGUGGGUCACACGCCCGUGCACUUCACUGAUGUGGAUUUGCAUGCUUACAUCGUGAGCAAUGAUGGCAGAGCCUACACGGCCAUCAGCCACAUCCCACAGCCCGCGGCCCAGGCCCUUCUCCCCCUCACACCUAUUGGAGGCCUGUUUGGCUGGCUCUUUGCUUUAGAGAAACCAGGCUGGGAGAACGGCUUCAGCCUCACAGGUGCUACAUUUAUCCAUGACAUGGAAGUUACUUUCUACCCAGGAGAGGAAAGAGUUCGAAUCACUCAAACUGCUGAGGGGCUUGACCCAGAGAACUACCUGAGCAUUAAGACCAACAUUCAAGGCCAGGUGCCUUACAUCCCAGCAAGUUUCACAGCCCACAUCGCUCCCUACAAGGAGCUUUACCACUAUGCAGACUCAGCUGUGACCUCCACAAGCUUUAGAGACUACUCUCUCACAUUUGGUGCCAUCAACCAAACAUUGUCCUACCGCAUCCACCAGAACAUCACUUACCAGGAGUGCACGCAUGUCCCCAAACACCUGGGCAUUCCUACCACCCAGCAGCUGGAUGUGGACCGUGUCUUUGCCUUGUAUAGUGAUGAAGAAAGAGUGCUUAGAUUUGCUGUGACCAAUCAAAUCGGCCCUGUUGAAGAAAACUCAGACUCCGCCCCAGUGAAUCCUUGCUAUGACAGGAGCCACACGUGUGACAUGAGAGCUCGGUGCCAUCCAGGGACAGGUGUAGACUACACCUGUGAGUGCUCACCUGGGUACCAUGGAGAUGGACGGAGUUGUGUGGAUGUAAAUGAAUGUGCAACCGGCUUCCAUCACUGUGGCCCCAACUCUGUGUGUAUCAACUUACAGGGAAGCUACAGGUGUGAAUGUCGGAGUGGUUACCAGUUUGCAGAUGACCAGCACACUUGCACCUUGAUUGCCCCACCUCCCAACCCCUGUGAGGAUGGCAGCCAUACCUGUGCUCCUGCUGACCAGGCCCGGUGCAUUCACCACGGAGGCAGCACAUUCAGCUGUACCUGCCUGCCGGGUUAUGCUGGCAACGGACACCAGUGUACCGAUGUUGAUGAAUGUGCAGAAAACAGAUGUCACCCCUCAGCUACCUGCUACAAUACCCCUGGCUCUUUCUCUUGCCGCUGCCAACCUGGCUAUCAUGGGGACGGACUUCAGUGCACCCCUGACUCCUCCUCAGGACUGAAACUUUGUGAACACCAGCAGCACAGUGCCCAGGCUCAGCAUGCAUAUCCCGGCACCCGGAUCCACAUCCCCCAGUGCGAUGAGCAGGGCCACUUCCUGCCACUGCAGUGUCAUGGCAGCACUGGCUUCUGCUGGUGCGUGGACUCUAAUGGUCAUGAAGUCCCUGGUACCCGGACUCCACCCGGCUCCACUCCACCUCACUGCGGGCCACCAGAGCCCACUCAGAGGCCCCGGACCGUCUGUGAGCGCUGGAGGGAAAACCUGCUGGAGCACUAUGGUGGCACGCCCAGGGAUGACCAGUAUGUGCCCCAGUGCGAUGACCUGGGCCACUUCACCCCCCUGCAGUGCCAUGGGAAGAGUGACUUCUGCUGGUGUGUGGACAAAGAUGGCAGAGAGGUGCAGGGCACCCGCUCCCAGCCAGGCACCACCCCUGCAUGUAUACCCACGGUUGCUCCACCCACAGUCCGGCCCAUGCCCAGGCCUGAUGUGACCCCUCCCUCCGUCGGCACCUUCCUGCUCUAUGCCCAGGGCCAGCAAAUCGGCCACUUGCCCCUCAAUGGUACCAGGCUUCAGAAGGACGCUGCCAAGACCCUGCUGUCACUGCAUGGCUCUAUAGUUGUGGGAAUUGACUACGACUGUCGAGAGAGGAUGGUGUACUGGACAGAUGUCGCUGGACGGACGAUUAGCCGUGCCAGUUUGGAACUGGGAGCAGAGCCCGAGAUAAUCAUAAACUCAGGUCUGAUAAGCCCUGAAGGACUUGCCAUUGACCACUUUCGUAGAACAAUGUACUGGACGGACAGUGGGCUGGAUAAGAUAGAGAGGGCCAAGUUGGACGGCUCUGAGCGCAAGGCUCUCUUCCACACAGAACUGGUGAACCCCCGCGCUAUUGCUGUGGAUCCAAUCCGAGGGAACUUGUACUGGACAGACUGGAACCGAGAAGCUCCCAAAAUUGAAACGUCGUCUUUAGAUGGAGAAAACAGAAGAAUUCUAGUGAAUAAAGACAUCGGACUACCCAAUGGCUUAACCUUUGACCCCUUCUCCAAACUGCUCUGCUGGGCAGAUGCAGGAACGAAAAAACUGGAGUGUGCACUACCUGAUGGAACUGGACGGCAUGUCAUUCAAAACAACCUCAACUACCCCUUCAGCAUUGUUAGCUAUGCAGAUCACUUCUACCACACAGACUGGAGGAGGGAUGGUGUUAUAUCAGUAAGUAGAGACAGUGGCCAGUUUACUGAUGAGUAUCUUCCAGAGCAACGAUCUCAUCUCUACGGGAUAACUGCGGUCUACCCCUACUGCCCAACAGGCAGAAAGUAAGUAUGACAUCGUAAAGGACUUGGGAGUUUACAAUCAAAAUCUGGACCCUAAAGAACAUUGACUGCAAACAAAGGUGAAGUGAAAAAGGAAUUGGCCACACAAGAAGUAUCUGGACAUACAAAAUGAACAAUUUCAGUGCAAAAAGACUAAGUAUGUUUUGUGAAAAGUUUAUACCUCAAUCUUUACUACUGUAUUUUUAAAAUCAAGUUAUUGCCAAGUUUAAAAAAAAGGUAAUAGAAGUUUAAUUGCUGCUUAUUAAAGCAACUUUUUAUAAACAUUUAUACCAUAUUUAAAAGGUCAAAUUCAUUCAACUAAGAACCAAAUAUGUAAAGACCUUAAAUCUGAUGUUUGCUAUGGGUUCUUUUUGGCCAAGAAAUUAAAGCACAGGUGACCAGUAUAAAAAAUACAAUCCUAAAGAUCAUAAACCUUGACAUAGUUAGAAGCUAUGCAGAACUGAUGGGAAAGAAUGAAUUUAUUUAUAGUUUCCCGACAAAAGUUCUAAGAUUUUUUUUUUUUUUUACCUCUGCGUCAGUGCAUUUCUAUUUAUAUUAAAAGGUGCUAGAUUGUUCCAAUUUGUAUUUUCUGAUCCUUUAAGUCCCUUUAUAUAACUACCCACAGAAAUUACAUUUAUAAAUACCAAAGAUGUAUCGGUUCUCAAAUUUUCUAGAUUACUCCAAUAAAAUAUUUUAAGUUUU